AUGAAAACUUGGUUUCUCGCUCCUGACUUUACCUUUACUCCCAACGGACCCCUCCAGCUUGGCGCUGUUAUCCCUCAUCCAAGUUGCCCAACUCAGACCCUUGCUUCACCCCGCACUGACGCAAUCACGCUUCCUGAAGUCCAAACUCUGAUCGAGACGAAUCAUUCCCAUUCAAAUGAUGUUACUCGAACAGCCGGAGUCAACAUUUUUGCCAAGUUUGUCGAACUAGCUUCAGCAUCUAUUGGCUACGAGGCCAGUCGCCGGAACGCUCUCGAGUACGGAACCGUCGAUCAUGAAGUUCGAUCUCUGGCUGCGCCAUUCACCAAAGAAUUCCUGCAAAGCAUAGUCAAUGCGGAGGCUGUGAGAGAACAUAUUGACUCGGGAAUGUUUGGGAAAAGAACUGUCUACUUUGUUUCUGGGCUUCGUGUUACUAAUUCUUCGUUUACGGUGACCAACGAGAAGGGAAUUGGCCACAAUACCUCACUUUCAGCUUCGGGUCCAACGGGACCAGUUCCCGUAGAAGUUGGCGCUGGCAUUUCAGGCGGCAAAGAAACUUCCAAAACGGACUCUUAUGAGACAGCUCCUGGCAUUAUCUUUGCUUACCGUCUUCAUGCCAUCCGUGUUCGAGGUAGCGGUACCAUUAGCUCGGAGAUGUUUUCGCACCGCAAGCUCUUCAUGUCGGGUAGAGCUGAACCGGAGCCCAUGGAAGUGGUUGAUGUUACGGCCGAAGUGCUGAAGGCGGAUAAAGAGGAAGAAGAUGCGCCAAAGUACGAGAUGGAAGAUCUUGGAGAUGGGGAAUUCUGUCUAUCGGCCGUGGCAUAG